AUGGCAUUCGCCGCUAACGUUGCUUCCCAGUUCGUCAUCAUGGGCGGGAAUUUCGAGAAAAAGCUAAAGCAAGAAAAAUCCUACCACGAGCUGCUGCAGCAGUCAGGCGGGAUGAAGGUCAACAGGUUUAAGGUGUUCAUAGGAGGGAAUGAGACAACUGGGAAGUCCACUCUAAAACAAAGUCUCACAAAGGGCCUGCUGUCUGCACUGAUCCAAAGACUCUCCCGACGGCCAUUGAGCCAACCUCACGACCCCACCCCAGGGGUGGAUAUUGGAACGUUCCAUGUUCCAGGGGUGGGGGAGAUCAGUGUGUGGGAUUUUGCUGGUCAGUCAGAGUACGCGGUGACCCACAAUAUGUUCAUGGAUGCAGAGAACACCGUCUUCAUUGUGCUGUACAACAUCACGGACAGUGAAAACACCCAAGAAAAACAGGUUCACUGGUGGUUGUGUUUCAUCAAGUCCUGCAACCCGGACCGGCAGCCUGACGUCAUCUUGGUGGCCAGCCAUGCAGACCAAGUGGCAUUAUCUGCAGGUAGAAGUUACCAGAACUGA